AUGGUAGACGGGGAGGACACGACUCCCAAAAAGAGCCACAAUACGAAAAAUACAAGGUUAGUCUCGUCCUUAGUACCAUUUUGUGAAGAUGAACUUUAUCUAUUCAUGGUACCCAAUGUUACCUGUCUUAUAGGACCAGAGGGGAUUGAAAACCAACACGGAUAUACUGAGAAAAUGAUGGAUACUGAACAAUUAAUAGACGAUCCACGCAAAGAGAGUGAGCCUAUUGACAGCAGAGAGGAAGUGCCUCCUCUUCCCGCACACAACAUAGGAGAUGCUUAUGGGACAGCACCUCCACUACAACAGCAAUAUGGUCAACCAGAGUCUCAAUAUGGCCAACCAGGGCCUCCGUAUGGCCAACCAGGCCAGCAAGGGCCUCAAUAUGGCCAACCAGGGUCUCCGUAUGGCCAACCAGGGGCCCAGCAAGGGCCUCAAUAUGGCCAACCAGGGGCUCAACAAGGGUCUCAAUAUGGGAACGCAGCGCAUCAACAAGGCCCACGAUAUGGUCAACACGUACAAGUCAUGAGUGCACCUGCGUACCCAUUGACAAACCAGGCUGUCAUUUCAACUCAACCAACCCAAACAGGGAUGGUUGUCAUCCAGAAUCCUGCACGACCACCAGACUACCUUGUCUGGUCCAUUCUUACUACACUGUUCUGUUCCCCCUGUCUUGGUAUCACAGCUAUUAUAAUGUCUAUUCAAUCAAAAAAUUCUGCCCAGGAAGGAAACAUGGAGGAAGCUAAGAAGAAAAGUGACACUGCGAAAAUGCUCAAUAUUGUUGGUUUAACCCUUGGAAUUGUUGCCCUCAUUGUUGUUUUGGUGAUGAGAUUUAUUGUAGAUGUAAAAUUCUACCACACCUACAAGUACUAAGGGUGAACCCAGGAUCAAACAUUAGGCGAAGCAAAUGAGGCAAAUUUAGUUGGAAAAAAUGUCUUGAUAAGUAUACUUCUGUUAAAAUGUUAGUAAGGCAGUGGCCUCGCCUGCUUAUGCCUGGCUACUCAAGAGUAAGGCCUAGUUUCACCAAUUGGAUUUUCAAACAUACUCUAUUUCCACUUUAUAUAUGUAAUACAAAGGACUAGCUUUGUUUAUAUCAGUAAAGAAAUACAAAAUAGAAGGCUAUACGAUAUUUUCUGUA